GUAUUUUUGAUGACAUGGUAUUACGUGAUUCAGUUACUUGGACAUCCAUGAUUAUGGGGUAUGCACUUCACGGACAUGCACAUGAUGCUGUCAUCUUAUUUGAGAAGAUGGUGAUAGAUGGUGUGAAGCCUAACUCUGUCGCCUAUGUAGCUAUUUUGACUGCUUGCAGCCAUGGCGGUUUGAUAGAAGAGGGCUGGAAACAUUUCAAAAGUAUGAGCCAAAAGUAUGGGAUUGCCCCUGGGAUUGAGCACUAUGCUGCCAUUGCAGACCUUUUCGGCCGAGCUGGAAGGCUACUGGAUGCGUACGAGUUUGUCUCCAAUAUGCAUAUUAAGCCAACAGGGAGUGUUUGGUCCGCUCUGUUGUCAGCUUGCCGUGUUCACAAAAAUGUCGAGCUUGCUGAAAAAGUUUCCCAUGAAAUAACCAAAGUGGAUCCCAAGAAUAUGGGUCCUUAUGUCCUCUUGUCAAAUAUGUAUUCAAUUGCAGGACGCUGGAAAGAUGCUUCGAAACUUAGAACCAAUAUGAAAAAGAAGGGAAUGAGGAAGACACCAGCUUGCAGCUGGGUUGAAGUUAAGAACAAGGUACACGCGUUUGUCUCAGGGGACAAAUCACAUCCUCAAUAUAACCAGAUAGAAACAGAAUUGAAAAACAUUUCAGAGCGACUGAAGGUAGAAGGAUAUGUUCCUGAGACGAGUGAGGCUUUGCAUGAUGUUGAUGAAGAACAGAAACAUGAUUUGUUUUUUGCUCAUAGUGAACGGAUUGCAAUAGCAUUUGCAAUCAUUAAUACUCCUGCUGGAACAAGCAUCCGGGUGACCAAGAAUCUUCGGGUAUGUGUGGACUGUCACACAGCUACUAAGUUGAUAUCCAAGAUUAUGAGGAGAGAAAUAGUUGUUAGAGAUAAUAACAGAUAUCACCAUUUCAAAGGAGGGGAUUGUUCAUGUGGAGAUUAUUGGUGAAAAAACUACUGACUGAGUAUCUAAUAAAUUUGAGAUGUGGGGUUAAAAAGCUUCUCACCAUAUGGUCAUAUCUACCUAGCUGCUAGCCAUCUGUGAAGUUUAAUGAGAUUUCAAGCAGUGGAAUCAAUAAGCCAAUGUACAAGUUCCAGAUGAGGAUCUUCUGCUCAUAGACUUCUGGAUUACAGCUCGUCAUUUUUCUUUGUUGACUUACUUCUGGAGUAGGACAAGUGAAAAGAAGUUGAGGUCAUAAAACCAAGGUUUAGUCAGGUAAGUUAUUUUCUAAUUGAAUGUUCUUUACCUUAAUCAACUCCACUAUUUCAUAAGAACUGAAACUUUUUUGGGUUGGCAUGCAAUGUAUUUCCAGUUUAUGCCCAAGUACGUGUAAAUGGAAUGCAGCCUUUUAUAAUCUUAUGUGCAGGGUGAAAUGUUAUUCUAUUGUUUUUUUGUUUUGAGAUAGGGGGAUGAGUUGUGUGGAGGCAUUUCAGUCUUGACAGAACCUGGGCGUUCCUUUGCAGACAUUGCUAUAAAAGUCCUGUCGAAGCAUGACUAACUACUGCUUACACCAUCUCCAACCCACAGGGUGAAUAAAUGCAAAUUUCACCCCGUGCUACUUUUCUCAGACAUCCCUUGUAUUUGAGGAUGAAAGGUGGAAAUAGCCAUGCAUUGGAUGAAAAAUUCAGCCCUCUUUCAUUCAACUUUUGGGACAAAGAGGCAGAUGAGCUUACUGGAGUCAGUCGUUGAAUGACACUAAAGACUGCUCGCUUCCAUAUGGCACCACAUGCCGAGCCUCAUACAUUGGUCUUUUAGAGUUUAUACUUUGAAGAAUUUGAUGUCACGAGAUGAAACCUCAGCGCUUGACAAUGCUGUUCAAAAGACUCUUCAUUACUUCUGGAGUAGGACAAGUGAAAAGAAGUUGAGGUAAUAAAACCAAGGUUUACACAGGUAAGUUAUUUUCUAACUGAAUGUUCUUCAACUUAAUCAACUCCUCUACUUCAUGAAAACUGAAACUUUUUCGGGUUGGCAUGCAAUGUAUUUCCAGUUUAUACACAAUGGUAAUUUACUUUUUCAACUUAAUCAACUCCAUUACUUUCCUUUCCAAAACAAAUUUUUUCAAAAAGGUAAUUUAGUUUUACAAAAUGAACUUCUACCUUCAAUUAAAUGAAAAUAAACCAUUUUCAUUUAAUUUUUCCCUUAAAAUGGGGAAUCAUUUUUCGUUCUAAUUUUAUCUUUCUUUAAAAAAAAGAGAAUAUGAUUUUUCAGAUUUCUUCUAGGCAUGUGGCCCACUACUUGGUGCCUUGGUCGUGACGGACUGAGCACACCUAAAGGACAGUUGGUUCCUUCACAUUUUAACAAUCUUGUUUACAAAGCUGUAUUUUUAUGAAAACAUAUCUUGUUUAACAAAACAGAAAAUCAUUUCUACACUCCAGUCUUCUGGGGGUUUUGGUGCGAGAAGUACGGAGUAUUAAACGAAAGUGAGAGUUGUCGUGUGAGAGUACCAAAACCAAUGGACAGUACUUUCGUUUUGGUAAACCGUACUUUACCUUCGUAAACGAAAGUACGGAGUACCAAAACCAACGGACAGUAGUUUCGUUUUGGUAUGGGUUUAAACUCUCACCUCCGUUUAAACAGAAAAUCAUUUCUACACUCAGAAGCCAAGAGAAUUUUAUACCAGGAUUAGUCGUCUGAUGAUUUUAAGCAUUAUUGACAGAUGAAGAGGGUUCUUGAUAUUGUUGGAGCAAAGCCAUUAGUGCAUUGUAUUGAUCCUUUGAAAAAUUGAAAGCAUUCUGGUUGUUGACCUCUUCCUGAGCAAGAGAAAUUGCACCAGCAGCAUUUGCAGAAGACUUGAAAUUUGUGAUGGCAAUCUUGUUUGUUUUGUAACCAGGGGGAAACCUUAGAUAUGAAAGCAAGUAUGAUUCUUCUUUUUUCACUUGGUGCAGAAUUUGUUAUUCCUGCCAUUACUUCUCAUUUUACCAGAACGAUUGCCAUGAUUAUUAGUGUCAGUCCACCUCUUGGAGUAAAACCGUUCUACCAGAAUUGUCAAUGAAAGUGGCAAGAGCAACAGGUUCUUGUGAUAUUGGAGUAGAUUGAUAUCAAGGAAAAAUUCUGGCAUUGGACCAUAAACAUAACCCAAGAGCGAAUCUGGCAAAAUUCUUCAUUACGGCCUCUUAGAAACUUGAUAACACAAUUAUCAUCUCUUUCCUUUUGAAUUUUGGUCACGAUUCCACAAGAACAAGUAGUUGUACAAGAGAAAACAAGAAUUGUUCUAUACAUGGUAAAUCUUUCCCGAGAGUUCGCAAAUGAGUAAAGUACUGCACUACUGCCAAACAUUAAGAUCACCUUGCCUGCUUGCCAAACAUUAAGAUCACCUUGUCGACGAUGUUGUAAUUCUUCUCGCAAAUCAGC